AAUCAGAAUUGUCGUUACGCGAAGAUGGGGGCUUUGUAUUUACGCGUCUGCCUGAGGAAUGUAAACUAUUCAACAUGGAGACAGCAGUCAAUAAGCUGGAGGCGAUGUUCCAGCAGGCCGAGUCAGACCUGCAGUACAUGGAGCACAAGCUGGAGUUCGAGUUCAUGAGCAGCCUGCCGGAGAACAAUGCUGCAGAGGAGAACCCGGUGAAGCUGCUGGAGAACCUGUCUGCGAUCAAGGCCCGGCACAAAGCUCUGGUCACGCAGGUGGAGCAGAUCGCUCUGGAGCAGAAACAGUCGAUGGAGGCAAUCCGAGAGCAGCUGAGCUCCACCGUGCACAUCGUGCAGCAGCUGCAGCAGAGCACUGAUAUCGAGGUACCCCCCGUGACAGAGGAGGAGCAAGCUGCCAUGCAGGAGCACUUCUCAGCUUUACUAGGCAGCAAUACACAGGAGACAGCGUCCUGCUCUGAACCGGCGGCAGUCACACAGAAACCCCAAUUACCUGCAGAGCCGCAGUUUGAGCCAGUCAGCGAGGAGGCUCUGGACUCGGUGCCUCGCAGCGUGCGCUCCAACGUCAAGCUGGCAGAACUCAAUGCCCUGUACAGGCAGCUCUACCAGCACUUCAGUGAAAGGAGGGACAGUGCUGCCCUGAGUGUGCUGCAGAUGAACAAAAUGAACAUGAAGCCAAGUGAUGCCAAGCUGAAGACACUGAAGCAUCUGUCCCUCAUCGAGCUGGACAGAAAGGGGCAUGUCCGCCUAGCAGCCAGACUCUGAGGGGCAGCCUGCAGUCUGAACCGACAGCACACAUCAAAUAUCUUUAGAAAACCUGAUAGCGGCCAAGCGGCAGCUUCCACCUUGAUAAGAUCUGAAACUGUUUCUGUCUUUUUAAGGGUGAGGUAGUUUUUAUUUCUCAGAGGUCUAAUAUGUAGAAAUGAAUCUGGAAGGGUGAACAUUCCUGGAAAGCAAUGCAGCUGGUUGGCUGUGUAUCCCAUAGUCCCUGAAUAUCGGAGCGGACUUGGGGUGAAACCCAUUUGCACUGUGUUCUGUUUUGUAUUGUUUUUGUGUUUGUUAAUGGUUAUAUAAAUUAUUGUGUUUGGAAUGGAUCAUGAUUUUAAGUGUAUGUAAAGAUUAAUAAAUAACAUUUUUGCA